AGAAUGUUUAGGUCUUUUCAGUCUGUCCUAUUUUAAUCAGCUUCGUCUCAACACGUUUGCGUUACAUUUACAGGGGAUUUAAACAUUAUUUUCUGUUAUAUUCUCCGGUUGCGCGUAUUACACGUGUUUAUUGUGCUGAUUUAACACAAAAGCAUGUACCGUCCCUGUCAGCCGCCUUUCGGGUUACCUAGACCUCGCGGCAGUCCGUACAAUAUCGGGUCUCCUCUUCUCCCUCCUCCUGGACAUUUGCCUCCUGGACCGUGUGGACCAUUUUCGUCCUCAUCGAUGCCGGGACCUCAGUUUCUACACAACAGACCUCCAGGACCUUCUGUAAUCAAUCCCCAUUGUAGCAGCUUCUCCAUAGACGGUAGUACAGCCAUUUCUGCGGGAGGCAGCCAGCAGAUUGCCUCUCCAGUGCCACCUCCACACCCUCAGGUCUCCCCAUGGAAUCCCGUCGAACAUCCUAAGCCAGGCAACAGUGACCAUGCUGGUGAAGAGUUCUUGCGGUGUCUUGCUGCAAAUAAGCCUCUUCCUGACUAUCUCAAAGGCAACAUGGCCUACAACCUGGCUGAUGCAUUCAAGUCAGCAAAUAUCCUGAAGGAGGCCGUCAAAUCAGAUCAUGUGUUCCAGAAGCAUUUCACCAGGGGCAAAAGCAGGAGCAGGAGCAGAAAUAGCAGCCGAAGCCGCGGUCGUAGCCGUGGCCGUAGCCGUGGAAGAUCUCGAAGCAGAAGUCUCGUACGAAGCCGAAGCAAAGGAAGGAGCAAAAGUCGCACUCGUGGUAAAAGUCGAGCAAGAAGCAAAAGUCGGGCAAGAAGCAAAAGUCGGGCAAGAAGCAAAAGUCGAGCAAGAAGCAAAAGUCGAACCAAGAAAAGUCGCGCACGGAGCAAAAGUAGACGCAGGCGGUCGAGGUCACAGAGUAACAGUAGCGGCAAUGGCAAGAGAGAGCAUGCCAAUAACAAAAAACAGCAAAAGGAAAGGAGCGCUAGCCACAGCAAGGACUUAGACACUGCUAUUUGUAGUGGUAGUCUCCAAGGCAGUAGUCUCUUAGAGGGACUAAAGCUGGUCAUCAACAACAACGAACUGGAAGAGCGGAUGCCUACAUUCAAAGACGAAGUCUUCUCUAUUCAGGCGUCUGAUAAAAUCCAAGAAAUGCAGUGUGUCUCCACCAAGGAGCAAGAUGAUAAAAUGGAGACUUCAGAGUCGUUGGAAAAUGACAACACUGUCCUGCCUCAUGACAGAGUAGGCAGCGACUUCUCCUGGCUUCAGCCCCAAAGCCAGACGGCCGCAAGGGCUGAUGAAUUUGAAGAUGAAGAGUCAUUCUUGUAUGGGAAUGAAGACACAAAAGACAAAACAUCGACUACACUCAUGACUGACGAGUUGGUCAAACCAAAGCGGGAAGAGAUGAAGAGCUGCGGUCUGGGCAGUCAACAGCAUAAUGUGAAUACGUCAAAUUCCAGCAUUUUGGGCGGUCUGUCUAUCUCGAGCCAAGCCUUUGCAACUUUGGACAACAAUGAGUGUGAAAAGAUCAAAAAUAUAUUAAAAAGUUUGGGCAAAACACACAGUACUGAGACAAUGGAGAAGAUGGCCUUCAACAGCGACGGGAAACCGUCCACUCCUGCACAAACUCUUACUUCGGUCUCAUCAGUCGCUUCCUUGGGAUUGCCAGCACAGCACAACCCCAAUCUACGCAGAGCGUUGGAGUCUCUACAGACACUUAUCAAAGUGACCAAGGAGAAGCGGGCAAAAAGUGAAGGGGUUGUACCAUCUCCGUCAUCCUAUAAUAAACAAAAGUCCAGUGAGAAAAUUGAAAGGAACAAAGACAAACGAACCAAAAUAAAUCAAGCGGAAAAUUUGGUGAAAGAAGUAGCAGGAUUCCUCCAAGAGGACGGAUUUGGUUUUCUUACACCAGUGAUUGGUUUUUACUGCCAGAUAUGUGAGGAGUUCAUCGGAGAUUUAAAGAGCGCUGAAAGUCAUGCAAUCAUCCACUGCCACCGAAAUAUCAGCCAUAAAAUACAAGUGGAUAAACAUAAUGAAGAUACUCAAGGGCACCAAAGCAGACACCAGCCCCCACCGUCAGACCAAAAAGACAACAGGAGCCACAGUCGUACAGAUCGAGGAGACAACAGGAAAGACAGGAUCAAACAGGAGGAUGAUUCUAGUGGUCACAGGCCCGGGCCAGAAAAUGUUUUGUGGAAGGAGAUGAAGAAGGAGAGGAUGCUCAUUACCGUGUCCCGUUGUGUUACGUCUCCAAACAUCGAGGAGCUCAACAAGGAUCAGGGCUUUGGAAACCGUGCCAAAGUCAAGGAGAACACUGACAGCAAAGGGAAAUCCAAUGAGAGUAAGAAAAAAGAUGCAAAUGAUAAAAAUGACUGUAGCGCCGACAGCAGCGACGACCAAGAAAAGCAAUCGAAAGGAAAGUCGCACAAAAAGAAAAAGGCUAAGAAGAAGAAGAAGAAAAAGGAGAAGUCUUAAGUGAUGCAUUGUAGUUGGUUUUGUUAUUCCUUCCAGGAAAACUUCCCAAGUUUCUUGUAAAAAAAAAAAAAAAAAAAUCUUGAUUUUGUUUUGCCUGUUACUGGGUCAUGGAGAACAGACGAACCUCAGUCAUCUGUGUGGGAACCGUUGGUCAGUGAUUGCAAGGCAAGGAAUAUCAGUUUGACUUUUAAACUUCCAGUCAAGAUGAAGCAUCGGAGCUGAAGUUUAAACAAAACCCAAACUGUUCUCUGAGCUUGCAGCAUGGUAACAUUUCUUUCUCCCUGCAAAUGCAGUGGAUCCCCACAUAUUUUUGCCAUUCAGCAUUCACAGCCCUGCAAAUUUGCAGACUUUUGAUCAAAACAUUUUUUUAUUUGUGGAAAAACCUGCCGUUUUGUGCUCAUAAUCUCCAUGAGUAGGCCGUUUAUUGGUAGAAAACCCAUCUCAUUUGGCCUACACAGGUAAAGAUUGCGUUGCAUAGAAACUAGUCCGAGGCAAACUUGAAAUCAGCUUGAUAGUUACACCCUGAAACAUCACAAACCUUCACAAACCCUAACUUCCUCCCUUACUCACGGUGCAACCAAAAAUAAAACAUGUGGAACACACAAUGUAACUGCCAUACCUGCACUAUGCAGGUAUUGGUUUUGGUUGUUCGCCAAAAAUAGGGAACUACUGUAAUACAUUUUUCACAAGUACGCCUAUUCAUCCUUUGCUGUAACUUCGCCUUUCGUGUAAAUCCUAAGACAUUCUACAAAUGCUUUAUAUUUUGUAUUGUAGAGAAAAUCAGAAAUGUGUGCACAAUUCACUAGUAAAAAGAUAACAUGUUAUCUUUGCAAUGUACUGAUAGGAUACAUUGUGUUUUUAUCAGUCUUGCAUAUUUUUUGUCUGUUCACGGUUACGUUUAUGGUAUUCAUGCAGAUAUGUUUCUAUUUCUAUCUGGUGACAAUGCUCAACCCCAUAAAAGUGAUUUCAAAGAACUCACUGCACAUUCGCGAUUCUGCAUCCAUUGCACAUUUGCGGAUUUUUGGUUGAAAAGUUGUUUAAAAUAUAUUUUGGUUUCUUUCUCUGAAAACAGGCAUUUGUUUUCCGCAGAAAACCCGUUUCUUUCACUAUAAGUCGGUACUAAUUUAUACAGGUAAACUGUACAGUAUAAGUGUGUGGGGCAUGUUGAAGAUAGAAAGGGGGCGGUGUUCUUGAACUGGAUCUUUCUAAUGAUUACAACAGUAACUUAUUGAAAAUAUUGACAAUUGGAGAGAACAUCAUCAGUAGCGGGAGGAUCUGAAGGAGGGGAGUGAGCCGUGUGUCAAAAAUACAUUUUCAUGGACAUCUCAAUUACUCGCCAUUGUUUUCGUGACUUGAUGGUGGGCCUGGAACAUCCAUGAGCUUAAUCCAGCUCCUCCCGGCGGAUUCCGAGGCAUUCCCUGGCCAGUUGGGAGACAUAGUCUCUCCAACGUGUCCUGGGUCUUCCCAGGGGCCUUCUACCGGUUGGACAUGCUCUGAAUACCUCCACAGGGAGGCGUCCUGACCAAAUGCCCGAGCCAUCUCAUCUGGCUCCUCUCAGUGCGGAGGAGUAGCGGUUCUACUCCGAGUUUCUUCCUGAUGACAGUGCUUCUCACCUUAUCUGUAAGGGAGAGCCCAGCCACCCUAGGGAGAAAACAAAUUUUGGCCGCUUGUACCCGCGAUCUUCACCUUUCGGUCACUACCCGAAGCUCAUGACCAUACUAUAGGUGAGGUUAGGAACGUAGAUCGGGAAGUAAGUUGAGAGCUUUGCCUUUCACUCACUUCACCGCAAUGGACAGAUGCAGAGUCACUGCAGACGCUGACGCUGCACCAAUUCGCCUGUCGGUCUCACGGGGCCUGUAACAUAAUCCCAGCAAAAAGUGGGGAUCUACUGUAGACACAAAUUUUACCCAAACUUUUCAAACAAGUUUGUUUUAUUGCUGGGUUGUGACCAGGGGCCUUACUUACAGAGCUCACCUACACACUAAAUGGGGCUGAAAAGUUGCAUACGCAGUUUUCCACGCAAAGUAUGUUACCAAAAAAACAAACUGGCAUGAGAACGCACGUACCCUUUAUAGUUGGCAUACGCACUUUUUGGACAAAGUGUUGUUAUUUUACGUGCCACUGAUGGUAAUCAUUUGUCAUUUAUCAUAAACGCCAUUACGCACAAGCGUAUAGUAUCCGCACUAAAAGAUGCAUGAAAAACACAACACAGCGUUUGGAUACUUCAUCAUUUUAUUUUCUAAUCAUAAUAAUGUUAUGUGUUCGAUUUAACAUUAAUUAUAAGGAACAUCAGGUUGUCAAUUAAAUAAUUCUAUAGGGUUUAAGUUUAUAAGACACACAGCUAAUAUGUCCUUAGUGCUGUUUCUCGCUUUUGUUUGGAUAGUUAAAAGAAAACAACAUUUUCAUUGCAUAUGUAAAGUCUGUCUUCAAUAGCAACAGCUAUUUACCACUUAAGCUUAUAUUUAUCUAAAAUGUGGUAUCAAUUAGAAAAAAUGUAGAAUGCUCACAAAAAAUGGAAAUUUGUGCCUUGAUAUAUCCAACCACUUUUUUUUUUUUUUUAAGUUCUGCCACGGUGCACCCAGUUCCACUGAAGCUGUAGACAGCAGACGCUACUCGCCACUUGCUUAUCUUCCUCUUGUUCGUAAUGCCACUGCUGUGUCCUCCAAAUAUUCCGUUUUUACAGGCCUCCAGCUCUCCAACUAAGAUUUCCACCUGAGUCUUGGGAAAGUUCCGCUUCUUCAUCUUCGGCUUCUCAGCAGCCAUGAUUCAGAAGAAUCCAGCGAAAGGCAAUCCGGGGUCAUUAAAUAUGGACGGCACAUUCAUAAACCACUUUGCAUUGACCAGUUAAGUGAGGUAGAGUUGUGUAGGCACAUUAGGACAGCAGGUAAAACACAAAUUGUGUGAAUGUGUCCGUACGCCACUUUUUUUUUUAGGCCUGAAUACUUUUGUCCGCACACAUAUUUUGGGUUUCUGACGUACACAGACUUUUAGUCAGAGUUCCACGCACAGUUUUAUAAGUGGGGCACGAGGUGACGAAGAGGCAGUCCACGUCAUUUCCAGGUUUGAGACCGCCACCGUUCAGUUACCACAGGGAUGUCAGAGUUUUAAAGGUUUAGUGCCGAAUAUACAGUACUAGCCAGAUAGCUUCAAAAAACAUCUGAAUGUGACUGAGUGGAUUCAUACGCUUGUCAAACAAUCUGGUGGUCCACACUUCCUUCUAUACUUGCGAGGAAUUCAAGAACUACAAAAGUACAUAACUUCUUUACCUAUGGUUGGGUUUACAAAUUAGGGAUCAAGGCCAUGAAACACAAUGUUGGACUUAAUUUGCACUUGGGUAAGUACCGUGUUUUAUGGAUUGUUGAUGCAUGCGUGAGAUAUUCAUUUAUCAAGAGCGUGUUAAGCAAUUAACGAACUAACUUUUUCUUUGUUUUUAUGCUCAAAUAUUUGUAAUCCUGUCAUCUAUAGUUCAACGCCUGCAGUUGCUUUUAUGGUGUGAAGUUAAUGUUUUGUAUCAAUGUUUACAUUUUUCAGUUGCUUCGCUGAUGUCUAGCAAUGUUUUGCAUACGUAUUAGGUUUCGUUGAUUCCAAGCACAUUUUUUGCUUCUGUUAGAGAUGGGAAAUUUUCCACUCUGUCGUCGGAGUAGAGCUACAAACAGGCCUUAUCUGCAACAGAGAGAUAACACACACCAAGACUAUUCUUGGAACAAUAGCACCCUAUAGUUCUUCAACUUCACACACAUACACACAGAUUUAUUAUGGGUCAUCUUUUCGGUCUUCUGGCUGGUGCGCUCAGCCCUCUAUCCGAGAAUUGGCUGGAAUCAGAUCGGGCCAAUAUACCAACAAACAGUCGGGAAGUUUAACUGGCACAUUGUGACCGCCUCCAAAGCUGGCCUAUGAGGAAGAGAAACUUUGCUUCACUGCAGAGACCUCACAAUAUGUUGGUUGCUGGCCUGAUCGUUCUCUCCGGUGCUGGCAUUAUAAUUGCUUGUAUCUACUCCUUUUUAAAUAUUAUACUGUCAAAACUUGACCUCAAGCUUGUAGCCUUAUGCCGACAGCUGUUUGUGCAAAAGAAUCUGGGUGGGCCUCGCCCUGUACAAGGGCCGGUCCUAACAGCUCCAUUGCUUGUCUAAGAGGAGUUGAUUAUAGGUAUUUUAAAGUCUUCUCUUGCUUUUUUGCUGACAAGCAUUUAUUGCUAGCAUAUACACUGGGUUUGUAGUUUUUUGAGGCAAUUCUUUAUGUAUUUCCCAUUUUGAUGAGCGUUUUUCAGUUCCAACAAUAGUUUAACUUUGGUUUUAGUGUAAAUUUUGCUUGUUAGUCCCUGCAAACUUGAGCGUGUUCAUACGUUCAGACAGGUUCAGAAGCCACCUUUUCUGUUUUUUUUGGUUGUUUCCUGAACUUUUUUCCCGUUAUGAUGGACUACCUUACGAACCCUGUAAUAACAUUUUCCGAAAUCACGUAUGCGGCAUUUUCGCUCUGAUUUCACUUGACGUCUCCUUAUGACUAUAUACGAUCAAGGUUUUAGCUGGCUAGCUGUUAUUUAAGUUUUUGCAUCGCGAUUCACUGUGGGUGAUGUUGAUGUUGCAUUGUCCCUGGUGUUAUUAGUACCGUAAUUUCCGAACUAUAGACCGCACCGGUAUAUAAGUCGCACCCACUAAAUUUAAAGAGAUAAAAGAUUUGUGUAUAUAUAAGCCGCACCUGUAACGUGAUAUUUAGUAUGCAGAGAGAGUUUAAUUUUUCAUUAAAUAAAUGCUUUUUUACAAACUGUGUGUGUAAGAUGACUAGUUAAACAGCCUACCACAAAAGUCCUUCAUUGUCGUCAUCAUCCUCUUCCUGGGAACUAAAACUGCUAAAGCCAUCUUCAGUGUCAGAAUUGAACAGCCUCACUUUCCUCGUCACACACUUUGACAGCCUCUCUCCCUCUCUUUCGUUCUUGCUCUCAGUGUCACUUUCGCCUCAAGGCAAAUGAACCCUUCAGCUUGAGCUGCCCUUUUCAUCACGCAGUAGUCCAGCCUUUAGAAACCUGUUGGUGAUAGUGGAUUUUUUUUACACACUAUAAAAGACACUGUAAACCUUGCAAACCUACCUCCACUCGGUACAUUUUUCCAUCGGAGUUCAACAUCUGCCGCGGUUCAAGCAGUUCAAAAAGAAGCUGCAGUAAUUCUACACUUGAUCAAACUUACUUAAGAUUUGUAAGAUCACGAUGACUGCAUAAGACUUGGAAACACUAAAGUCAUCCAACUCACAACUUCCUGAAGCCGCACUCUAAGCCUCAUGGGAACUGUAGUUCUUUUAGCCAUAAAUUAGCCACAUCACUGUAUAAACCGCAGGGUUCAAAGCAUGAGGAAAAAAAGUAGUGGUACACUUUUUAUAGCGCUAUGAAAUGUGUCAUCUGUUGGAUAGCAAGAAAGAUUUUGAAAAAAUGGUCUCAAGCAGAGCAUCAAAAUAUGGAACAUCACCUCGUAAAACCCUCUCUUGUAAAGAACGCGUCUUUUUUCAGAAGCUGUAAAAGGUAUGCGUUUAAAUCAACUGUAGAUGAAUACAUGCUCACGGUUAUUUGUGCAAAUUAAUCCACUAUGUAUGUGUUUUUGUUGCCUUGUAUUUCUGAUUUAUACAAUCUGCAAUCAAAGGGAUCUCCUGUCGAUAGGAGUAUACCCAGAAAACAGCCCACAGAUUUGCCAGAUCCGCAUAGCAGUCACGCCCCCUGAGCGCAUGUGUACCAGUUGUGACCUGGGCUGCCUCAACCUUGUUAUUCUCAACUGGCGACCCGCAGCCGUUUUAAGUGGGUCGCCGGUCCAUGGUGGUCUCAUUCCCAGUUGGAGCUAUUGACCCAGGCAGAGGGGUGGUCUUCUGAAGAAAUGGACCUCCUAUUAUUAUUAAACUUACCUGCUGAGUUAAUCAGAAAAAAACACUCGUAUAUUUGUUAGUAAACACACUUGUAUAUUUUGAAUUGUACUUUUUGUUUAUCUGAGGAGUUGACUCAGAGCAACUGGACCAGCUUGAUUUUCUUAAAGAUGUUUCACCUCUCAUCCAGGUCAAGGUGCUCUCUUUCAAGUCCACAGAUAGAGCAUGUACUGAAAACCUUUAAAAACACUAAAACAACACUAAAAAUGUGUUGUUCCUGAGCAGGAAGCAGGUAGGACAUAAUGCUUGCAACACGUUACAAAGCUAGAGCCCUCGAGGCAGCCGUGUAAGUGUUGCAAACAGGUCCUUUUUAAAAUAUAAGAUAUUUAAGUUUUAGUUGAAAUAUUUUUGCAGUUUGGGUCGCCGCUCAUCAUUUAGGGCGCUGCAGCCAAACCAGUUGAGAACCGCUGGUCUGAAUGAUUCAUUCGGGGAUGUUGAGGGGCGAACUGCGCAGACCGAACGCGCCAUGAUUUGAAAAUUGCAAGAGUCAGCGUGUGAUGUCACAGCAGUGAGCGGCAGUAGAAAAUUGGCACACCGGGAGGAACAGUUCAACAGACGUGGAACAGCAUCGUGAAGAAUGGAAAACAUGAAAAGUAAGUGCUUCAUUUACCAUAAUACCCGCUAUGAAUGUUAUCAACAUGUUUUUUUCUCUCUUGGGCCCUCAAAGUUAUUUUUUGAAUGACCGACGAUUUAGCAGUUCAGCAGCAGCAUCAGCAUACUUAAUGUAAGUAACAGUUAUUUAAAAGGGGACCUAUUAUGAUUUUCCUCUUUUCUGACCUAUAGAUGUUGUUACGAUGUCGUAUUCUUGUGUUAAACAAUGCCAUGUGGUAAUGAGGUUAGCGCGUUUGGAAGUGAGACCUGAAAGCAGUUUUGGAUGGCUCUGCACGCUGUGUUUGAGUUUUUUUUUAACACCGAGUUCCAAUGAUGUCAACGCAACACGGACUUCCUUAUAUGCCAAACGCUGUAGGCCUGCCCUCCCUACGCUCUGCUCUGUUCACCGUGUUAGCACAUAGGGCUCCCAGGAAAUGUUUGUUCGGAUGUGCCUAAAGAGGCAAGCAUCAGGCAGAAGUGGUUGGAGUUGCGGAUUCCGGGCCAGCAAGAGAAAAAUAUUCUCAUCUGUCAACGGCACUUCACACGGGACUGUUUUGUGAACAUACGGCCAAUACGAAGACGGACUAUCCACCAACUGUUGCAGAAGUCCGACGCCUUUCCAACGUUACUUGGCCGUGUUGAAGAGUCAGAAGAGCAAGCUGUAAGUAACAAUUUAGCAGUGUCCUGACUGUGUUCAUUUUGUGUAAGUAAUCUGACAAAAGGGUUUCGGCAGCUGUCCGGAAGUCCUCGGGAGCGCUUGGGAGUGUCACCAAUCACAGUGGAGUGGGCUUGGCGGGAGGCAUACCUGGAGUAAUUUACACAGACCAUUUCGGCGGGAAGCAGGAAACCCAAGUAAGCACUGCAGGAAGAGGUGCAGAGUCUGGAAGAUCUGGAAAGCUUUCUGUGCGGGUUAUCAUGUAAUGAGUCCAGAGCUCAAUACAAAGGCCUGAAAAUGUGAAAAAUAGGUCUCCUCUAAUUAAUUUGGUUUGGGCAUGCUUGAUUAAUUUCCACGACGGAGGCUUCUACGACGGUGUAUUAGGGCCACAUUGGGGAAAAAAAAUUAUAAUCUGAGAUUUCGAAAAUAAAGUUGUAAAUUUACGAGAAUAAAGUUUGUAAUUUACGAGAAUAAAAUCGUACAUUUACAACAAUAAAGUCGUAGAUUUAUGAGAAGAAAGUCGUAAAUUUACAAGAAAAAAAAGUUGUCAAUUUCCGAGAAUGAUAGCUGUCCAUUUCUGAGAAUAAAAGUCGUAAAUUUUCAAGAAUAAAGUUGUACAUUUACGAGAAAAAAAGUAAUAU